GGAACACCAUCUCUGACUACAAAGUCGCUCUCGAAUUGUCCUGUUGCGGGUUGCUGCCACGAGCUAGCAGCGACCGGGAGGGCAGGAUCAAUAACAGGUCCUUGUACUCAACCGGGUACUCUACUCCAGUCCUUCUCCAACAGAACAUCCCACACGCCGGCCUCUUUACUAGCAAGAGAUAGGACCUUUCGUUCUCGCCUCCAAGGAAGAUAUACCGUUCAGCUCUUGACGACAAUGGUGAGGUGUUGUUUGGCCUUUGGGCCAAACGAUGGCUUUAUUUUCAUGUCCCCAACGAGGUGGUCCUCCCAGAAUUUCCCCAGUGAAAUUUGUGACCUAGCAAGAGGCCCUCCAGCAUGCAAAGAAAUCUACGAGGUCGCUCUUGCCCCCAAUGGCGCAUUUUGCGUCAUCUACAGUGCAAUGAACGGGCAGAUGAUGUUAACCAGAGACCGACUGCCGAACGAUCUCGAAACAUGGCUCGUUCCGAUUUCCGGAGGCGGAGUCUCUGCUGCACGAGACCUACCGACCUUGAAUGUCUGUCUUGGGCCCAAUGAGUCCUUCUUCGCCUUUGACAAGAAUGGUGCGAUAUGGGACGGCCUUCCUGACGCAUUCGAGACAGCGUUGGUGGGCUUACGAACCUCGUAUGGAAGUUUCUUGCCCGGCAAGGAUCCUCAAGGUGUUUCACUUGGUGCAGAUGAUACCUAUAUCAUGACCACCGUCGAUGGAGGAGGAAUCUGGGAUCUCCGCGGCACGAAUGAUUUUCUUCACAACUAUCUCUCACAACUGAAGACGAGGAAGAAUCUGACUUUCGUCCUUUCGCCUUGUCACACCGGCACGUCAUUGGUCAUAUCUACAGAUGGAGCCACUUCAGCCAAUGUACCCCCGUCGACCCUUCCUUAUUGCCGAGAUUUCCAGAACGACUGGAGAGACUCGGUCCAUCGGGAGAAGAGGCAAGUGAGCUAUGGUAACGCCGCUCACCAAGCUAGUCAUAUUGCUAGCGGAGGCAUGCACGCCGCGCAACAUCUCUACAAUGCUGUGAAUGACAAUGCCAAUAAUUUUUCCAACGCGGGCGGUGGAGGCGGCGGUGACAACAGCGGCUUCUGGACGGACACAUUUGGAAACAUCCUCAACAAUGCCGGGAGUACAGACCCCAGCAGCUUCUGGGAUCCCAUCUCGAAUGUUGCGAGUGCUUUCUUCCAGUGAAGCAUAUUCACGCCGUCACGGUCUGACGGGACGAAGUCUCUUGUGGAGGCAUUUACGGGGACUGCGUUGUUGAUGACUACUGAACCAUUCCGUUGGUGUCUUUUUGCCAGCACGGACAGCAUAUCAGCGAAGCGAGGAGCAUGAGGAGCAAAAGUACCGGCAGUUAUUAUUGACAGAUUUGAAUGACAGAAGCCAAAAGAUCUAGACCCUGAAGUUCAUCUCGGUGCAUAAGUCUUGUAAAAUUGACAGGUUGACGGGCGGGCAGCCACGGAAG